UCAGCGCGAAACAAGAGAGUGGGUUAAAAUGGAUAAGGUGUUGGGACUGGCGUUGGUCUCAAGCAUUUUCUGCGUCGGGUCUGUUGUGGGAAAAUAUGUCAGGGGAAUCGUCAAUACGAAAGAGGAUUGGGUUUUCCUCACACGCUUCUGCUUCUUGACCAAUUUUGGGAGACUGGACUUCAAGUUCCGCUACCCGAAGGCACGAUGCUGUCAGAACAUAUUGCUCUACUUUGAUGACAGCUCACAAUGGCCGGCAGUCUACAAGAGGCCGGAUAAGGACUGCUAUCAGAAGGAGGCGGUACUGCGGCCAGCCAACAACCAGGUCAUCAACCUCACCACCGACUAUAAGUGGUCCGGCUGCACGGUGGAGGUGGAGGGGGAUGAGGAAACUCUCAGCUGUGUGGGGGGACGCAGUUUCCGCUCUGUCAGAGAGAGGUGGUGGUACAUCGCUCUAAGCAAGUGCGGGGGGGAUGGGCUGCAGUUGGACUACGAGCUGAAGCUAAGCAACGGCGAGUCCUUCUGGACUCAGCACUUCUCGGCUGAUGAGUUUGGUAUCCUGGAGACAGACAUCACGUUCCUCCUGAUCUUCGCUGUGGUCUUCACCCUCUCCUGCUACUUCGCACAUAACCUAAAGGGUCGGCAGCUACUCCACACCACCUAUAAGAUGUUCAUGACUGCAGCAGGAGUGGAAGUCUUCAGCCUGCUGUUCUUCUGCAUAUACUGGGGCCUGUAUGCCAGAGACGGUGUUGGAAACGACAGCCUGCGGUUGAUGGGGAAAUUAUUGUUCUCUGUCAGUUUCUUGAUCUUCCUGCUUAUGCUGAUUCUGCUGGGGAAAGGCUUCACAGUGACCAGGGCUCGCAUCAGUCACAGCGGCUCUGUGAAGCUGUCCAUCUACAUGACGGCCUACACCAUCACCUACAUCAUCCUCUUCAUAUACGAGGCAGAGUUCUUUGACCCAGGCGAGGUGCUGUAUGCUUACGACAGUCCGGCGGGCUAUGGGCUGAUGGCUCUGCAGCUGGUGGCAUAUGUGUGGUUCUGCUACGCCGUGCUGGUCUCGCUCAAGCACUACCCUGAGAAGCAGCCCUUCUACAUCCCCUUCUUCAUGACCUACACGCUCUGGUUCUUCGCCGUGCCAGUCAUGGCUCUGAUUGCCAACUUCGGGAUCCCUCGCUGGGCCAGGGAGAAGAUCGUCAACGGUAUACAGCUGGGUAUUCACCUCUAUGCCCACAUUGUCUUUCUGGUCAUCACGCGGCCCUCAGCGGCCAAUAAGAACUUCCCCUACCACGUGCGGACGUCCCAGAUCGGCAUCCUGCAGUCCAGCCCCAAGGGUCCCGGCGGGGGAGGAGGAGAGAGCUUCCCUCACCACGCCUACGGCAACAGCACCUUCCUGGGGGACUCCCAGCCCAACUUCACUGAGCUCUUCUCCAUAAACGCUGCCCCCAUGAAGAAGGUGGAGGAGCCGGUGGUCCGCAAGAGCCAGGAGGUGCCGCGCAACAGCGAGCAGAAGAUCAUCACCACCACGGCCGACCUCAUCUCCACCCUGACCCCGCCGCCCCAUCCUCAGCCCCAGCCCCAGCCCCAGCCCCUGCCCCUACCCCCCCGCCUCUCCCUCUCCCUCUCCGCACACUCCUCCCCACCACCCACCCUCCCCUUCUCCUCACACUUCACCGAGUACUUCAGCAUGCAGGGAGGGGCCAACCAUAGCUCCAAAGCAUAGGUGUGCAGAAGAACAAGGAUGUAUGGAUGGAUGGAUGGAUGAAUGACUGAAUGGAUGCAUGGAUGUAUGUAUGUAUGGAUGGAUGGAUGGAUGCAUGCCUGUGUGUGAAUGAGUGCAAGAAUAAGAUGACUUGGGAUGGGCCAAGAAGAAUAGGAGCAAAAAAAAAGAACAAAAAAGGCCCAUUUUCACUUUUGUGUUUUUUCCCAUCCGCAAUAGGAAGGCAAAGUGUCUAACUAAGGAAAGGAAGGAAUAGGUGAGGAAAGAAAAGAAAGGGCUGAGCUAAGAGAGAGAGAGAG